AUGCGGCGAGGGAACAAAUUCAACGAGGCAGAACUCGGGAAUUCAAGAGGGUUCGAAGGAAUGUCGUCUACCGAGGCGGAGAGAGAAUGGCGAGCGGCGCAGCUGUUCAUGGCCAAGGGCCCAUCGCCGACCCUGGAGUUUUUGGUGGAAGACGCGAAAGCGCAGCUCUUCGCUCUCAGAGCGCAAGCGUUGGACGGUCCGUGUCCUUCCGGACAGGAUGGAUAUUUGACGACGGAUCCUGCUCUGAGGAGGAAGCAGGAGGCAUGGGCUGCUCUUGGGGCCAUGCCCCAGGUUGAAGCGAAACGUAAAUUUGUGGAGUUUUUGACGACUGUGCUGCCAGAGUGGAAGGCUUGGAGCGACACGCAUGGUGAAGCUCUUAGGGUAGAGCAGCAGGAGGGCUCGGCAGAGCGCAUUCUCAGACUGUUCAAAGCCAAAACAGGCGUCGGAUUCCCAUCGAGGCUGUAAUUUCACUCUAUUUUGAAUUUCAGAUCAGUCGGCUUCAAAGUGUGAGCUCUGAUUUCUCAGCUCUCUCUGAAUUCCGCAGCCUACAGGUGUACAUAGCGCGGAAGGCCUCACAGGUUGCGACCAGUUGAGGUGUUUCUGCUACCUCGGGCUCUGGUGGUUCGCCGUGAUCUUGAGGUGAACGCAAUUGGGCAGGCUGCGGCUGUUCCUCCACUACUGCUGUUGUGCUAUUAUUAUCUUUCCUCGGAGAACUAUUUGUAGACUCGUUCAAAAUGGCUCCUUGUCCCUGCCAGGCGUCCAGCUCGGUAGCUCUCAUUGGAACAUUGGGAAAAUAAUCCUGUCGCCUGCAUCACAUCUCACCAAAUUGUCGGUAACAUACAGCAGACGGAUCAAGGCCUACAUGUAAACCAACUUAUUUGAUCACCAAGUAAAAACUGACUUCCUGCAGUGCA